GUCUAUGAAUAUUUUUCAAUUUUGAGUCUGUUAGGAGAGUUGUAAUUAUCAUCUAAGUUAGUUUGUAAUAUUAUUACUAUUUUUGAACGUUUAAAACCAAGAAAAAAAUUAUGCUUCUGAGUGCUAAAAUUUGUCGUAAUUGUGUAAUUAAUAAAAUGCUAUUAACCCAUGAUCGUUUCUUGAGUAAGAAUAACGUUUCUCUGAACAAUGAAAGUACACUAGUUAUUUUGACAAAUUCCAUUAAGUCCUUAGCACUUUUUCACUUAAUGAAAUCGAAACUGUGUUGCAGUCAAGAAAUUACCUGCCAUAAGAUUUACUUUUUGUACAUAGAUGAGACCGUAACUUCUGAAGAUGCUGUACCUAUAUACGAACCAAAUAUUCUACGAAUAAUCAGGGAAGAAUCGAAACAAUUUCAUCUUCAAACUUAUUGCACAUCUCUUGAUGAUUAUUUUGUUAGUGAAAGAAUACUACUUUGUUCUGUUUAUUCUUAUAUGGUUCAAAGCUUGAAAAACAGUACACUAUUUCAAAUUUUUUUGAAGAAAAUCCAAGAUCCAUCAGUUAAGUUAUGUUUUUACAGGAGCCUAAUUAUAAAAGUGUCUGUUUUUGUAGCAAAGUUAUUAAAAUGUGAUAUAAUUCUUUAUUAUGAUUUACAUAGCGAUUCAGCUUCAUCACUACUUAAUAAUCUUGUUCUAGGACAAGCUGUUAAUAAUUUUAAAGUAUGUAUACCGUGGCUGAAAAAUGUUAGUAUUAAAUUAUGUUAUCCCUUACACUGUUUCACUAUUAGAGAUAUCAUUACUUAUUUAAAGUGUAUAAGCUUUUUAGAUUUUAAACAUGACAAACUUUCUCCCAUAAAUAAUUGCAAAAAAGCUUUGCAAAGGUUUACUAAAAACUUCUUGUGCAGUCUCCAAAAUGAUUCAAAACUUACUAUUUCAAAUAUAUGUAAAUUUAGUAGUAAGCUUGAUAAAUACUGUGUCACAUCAUUACUAACAAGGUAUUGUAUACUUUGUAAUCAUCUAAACAGCUUAGUGGUACAAGAAACAAACUUUUCUCAAGACUUGAUGAUAACUAAUUGUGUUGAAAAGAAAACAAAUAAUUUAGAUUACUUCCAUAUAUGUAGUCUUGAACUUUCUCCAAAUUAUCCAAUUCUAUUACCAAAAUCAAAUACUCUAUCAUUAGAUCUAAAAAAAAUUGGCAUAUGUCAAAGUUGUUUUAUUGCAUACAAACAUCGAAAUUACAGUUAAUUUGAAAAAACAUACUCAAAACUAUAGUUCUCCAGUUGAUUUUUUUUUGCAUCAUAUGUUGAUAAAAUAACCGCAUUUAAGACAAUUCAUCUCUUUGGUAAUGUUGCAACAAGUCAUUGAGCUCAGUAGUAAUGACUAUACAAUUAUUAGAAAGUUUUAUU